AUGUCUCCCGCAAUACAGAAUAUCAACAGUCCCAUCACUGCAGCCUGGUGGAAGGAGGCGUCGGUUUACCAGAUUUACCCUUCGUCCUUUAAAGACACUAACGGAGAUGGCAUCGGUGAUAUCCCGGGCAUAAUCGAGAAACUCGACUACUUCAAGCAACUUGGUGUUGACAUUAUUUGGUUAUGUCCCAUCUAUCCAUCGCCCCAAAUUGAUAUGGGAUACGACGUCGCCGAUUACCGCGACAUUGAUCCUCAGUAUGGAACUAUGGCUGAUGUUGAACGAUUGAUCGAGGGCCUACACUCGAGAGGGUUGAAGCUGCUGAUGGAUCUUGUUGUCAACCAUACCUCUGAUCAGCACAAGUGGUUUCAAGAGUCCAAGUCGUCACGAGAUAAUCCUUACAGGAACUGGUACAUCUGGAGGAAGCCUCGAUAUGACGAAGACGGCCAGCGACAUCCACCAAACAACUGGCUCUCUUACUUUCGAGGCAGUGCGUGGGAAUACGACCCAGCUUCUGAUGAGUACUAUCUUCACCUGUUCGCCAAGGAACAACCCGAUCUCAACUGGGAACAUGCUCCUGUACGUGAAGCCGUACACGAAAUCAUUCGUUUCUGGUUAGAUAAGGGCGUCGACGGCUUUCGCAAAUCGGAGGGACUACCUGAUGCCCCGAUCACGGUUCUAGGAUCCGAGUAUCAAUUUGGUCACGACCAUUACGCCUGCGGCCCUCGGCUUCAUGAGUAUCUUCGCGACAUUGGCUCUAUCCUCAAAGAGUAUGAUGCCUUCUCCGUCGGUGAGAUGCCUGCAGUUCAAGACCCCGAAGAAAUCAUCAAGAGCGUUGGAGAAAGCCGAGGCGAGCUGAAUAUGAUCUUCAACUUUGAGAUCGUUGACAUGGAUCAUGGUGACCAAGGGAAGUUCUCCGCAAAGAAAUGGGAAAUGAAAGAGCUCAAGAUGAUUGUCAAUAAAUGGCAGACGUUUAUGUAUAACAACAAGGGCUGGAACGCUCUUUACCUUGAAAAUCACGACCAAUCGCGCUCCAUCAGUCGAUGGGUAUCCGACAAGCCUGUAUACCGUGAGAUGUCGGCUAAGAUGUUAUCGACAUUUCUCUGCUUCCAAAGCGGAACUGUUUUUGUGUACCAAGGCGAGGAAUUGGGCAUGGCCAACAUGCCUCCAGAUUGGGAAAUGACUGAGCAUCGUGAUGUAGAAACGUUGAACCAUUGGGAAGAGCUGAAGCGGACAACGGGUUCCGAUGCAAAGGUUCUAGAGCUUGCUCGAAAGGAGUACCAGCUCAAGGCGCGAGAUCACGCGAGAACACCAGUACAAUGGGAUUCUUCGCCCAAUGCCGGGUUCACAACGGGCAAGCCCUGGAUCAGAGUCAAUGACGACUACCAACAGUGGAACGCAGCAACCCAAACCAACACAAAGGGUAGUGUGUUUGACUAUUGGCGAUCUGCGCUUUCCCUGCGGAAAGAGCUUAAGGAUAUUGUUGUCUAUGGCGACUUUGAGUUGCUUGACGCGGAGAAUAGCGAUAUCUUUGCGUAUGCUCGAUCUGACGGAAAGCAAAAGCUUAUUGUUGUUUGCAGUUUUCGAGAUCGAGAGAUUGCCUGGCCGGUACCUGCUUCGACCGGUCUACAGUCGAGCAAGGUUUUGCUGUCCAACUACCCGGAGAUUGAUUUGUCCCAGGAUGUGAUCUCCAUACGCCCCUUCGAGGCUUUUGUAUGCCUGGUUGGUUAA